AUGUCCUCUACAGCUAACAGUUACUACUAUGAGCUACUUACGAUUAUACCUAUCUAUCUUUCUCGAUAUGUAAGUAGUGUAUUGUAUAUUGUUGGAAAUAUUGGAAACUUGUUAACUAUCUCAUUAUUUCUACAAAAAUCUUGGAGAAAAAAUGUUUGUGUCUUCUAUUUUCUUGUUUGUCUUCUAUCAAAUACUAUCUAUAUAAAUUCAUCUGUAAUUGGAUCUAUUUUUACGAUUGGUUUUAAUAUUGAUCUUACAAUUUCUAGUGUUGUUUUGUGUAAAUUAUAUGUCUAUAUAUCCUAUUUAUGUUCAGCUUUUUUUCCGAUUAUACUUAUUCUUGCAUCAAUUGAUCGUUUGUUAAUUUCAUCUCAAAAUGUUGAUACACGUCUCUAUAGCUCAAAACGUUUAGCUUAUUUUUCUAUAUCUAUAGCUAUUUUUAUAUGUGUUGUCUUCUAUUUUCAUGUACUUAUUAAAUUUAAUAUUCAAGAAAUCUAUCCCGGUGUUUUUAUUUGUUAUUAUGAUCUUUCAAAGUUUUAUCUCGCUUUUUCAACAUAUUCUGAUAUAAUAUUGAUUGUUAUUAUAUCAUUUGUCCUAGUUAUUUUAUCAGUUCUUUCUUUUAAAAAUGUUCGUCAUAUUCAAACUGUUCCACGUCAAGAACGUCGUCAAAUUCGAACAAUGAACAAAAAAGAUUUUCAAUUACUACGUUGUUUAUAUAUACACAACAUUAUGUUUAUUAUCUGCAGUAUUCUAACAUUGAUAAAUAUCGGCUAUGGCACAGCAAUAAAAUAUCAAACAGUAACUCCAUUUGAACAAGCGAUACAGACAUUUCUAACUUUAUUGAGUAUUUUUGUACAUUCAAUUCCGUUUUGCACAAGUUUCAUUAUAUUCAUCAGCAUGUCAAGAGCUUUUCGAUUGGAACUCAAACGUUUUUUUUAUCGGAUAUAUGGUAAACAUUUUCCAACUAUGCGAGAUGAAAAUAAUCAUCAACAAGUAUCAUCAAGAAAGAAUAUAGAACUACGUCGUGUUGUUAGUACUAUUGUUGCAUGA